AAGUUUGCACAUCUCGUCUGAAAAUUCUCUUCCCUCUGAAACUUUGUGCUAAUCUCUGUCUUCCCCUCCUCCGCUUCUUUCUCUGUAACAUUUUGGUUCCUCUCUGAUUUUCCUCCCAAAACUUUUCUUCUUUUGUACAUAUCAGCAACACAGCAUCAUCCAUCCAUGGCUGCCAACAAGUUUGCUACCAUGUUGCUCAGAAACACCAACAAAAUCACCCUUGUUCUUGUCUAUGCCAUCCUGGAAUGGAUUCUCAUCAUUCUUCUUCUUCUAAACUCUCUCUUUUCUUUCUUGAUAUUGAAAUUCGCCGAUUACUUUGGCCUCAAAAGACCUUGUGUGUGGUGUACCCGAAUUGAUCACAUCAUCGAGCCUGGCGACAGCAAGAAUUCUUUGAGAGAUCUUGUGUGUGAAGCUCAUGCCUCUGAGAUUUCCAAACUGGGUUUCUGCUCGACUCAUCGGAGACUAGCUGAAUCGGAAUAUAUGUGUGAGGACUGCUCGUCCUCAUCUCAAGCAGAUUACGUCAAAAUUUCCAAGAAUUUUGGUUUUUUCCCAUGGAUGAAGCGGAUUGGUAGGAUUCAGGAUGCUCAUGAUAUGGAAAUUGAAAACGAAAAGGAAAGUUUGAGUUGUUCUUGCUGUCGUGUUCCCUUGGACAGCAGAUUCUACCCUCAUUGUGUUCUGAUUAAACCUUCUUUGAGCUUUUUGGACUAUACCAAGAAGCAAAAUUUGAUUACAGAAGGAGGGGUUGAUGCAGAGAUUGAAAAGGGUGGUCACUCAGAUCUUAUCAGAUUGGAUUUUGCAGUUGAUCAACAUGAAGAUGAACGAAGCACUGAAGAAAACAAGAGAAGUCACCUGGUUUCUGAUGUUGAUGAGGGUUCUGGUGGAAGAGGAGAGGAGGAUGAUGACACUUGUGCUUGCUCUGUUUGUGAUAAUAUGAAGGAGAUUGUGGAUGAUCAUGAUUACAAGUUGGAUUUGGGUACGGAUAAAGAACAGGAAGCCGCUGAGGAGCAAAAUCUGAAUAUCCCCAAGGAUGAUCAAUCUUGUGACUUGUCCUUAAUUCAGAUUUCUGGAACUGAAGAAAAAUCUCAGGGAACUUCACUUCAGCAUCUGGAAUUUUUAAUUCAUGGUGACGAUUGCAGAUUGAUCCCUAUUGAGAACCACAGUCAACAUGUUGUAGAUCAUGGAAUUGACAGUAACGAAGAUGUUAUUUUGGACUUUGAUAUGCAUGCUGAAGCUGAAGCUGAACCGGCUAUUGAAAACUGGCACACUUUUGGGAAUACUGAGGCGUUAUCUUCAGCUCGUGAGAGUACAGAGGCUUCCACAUUCAAUUGGCUUGAACCAGUUGAAGUCAACAUCAGAGAGGCAACCUCAGGAUUUCAAGAAGAAGAAAAUUUUGAGAAGAACCAAGAAGACUCGCCUAAGGUUGAUAAUGUUAAAGCAAACAUGGAAAGAAGAGAAGAAGAAACGUGCACGAAUAUUAUUUCUCCAGCAUCUGAAGAAGCAGCACAAAUUCACGGUGAUGAAUUUGACGCAGAUGUCUCAAUAGGGACUGAAAUUCCUGAACAUGAACUAGGGAAUGAAUAUCAAAGCCAAGAUAUUCUCUUGGAUUCCAAUCAACAUGAAUGUGGUCAUGACAAAGGUGAGGAAGAAUUUGUAGAAUUUAGAACCAUGGUAGUUGAGCCAAAGAUCCCAGUGGAAAACAAUCAUUUGUCAUCUUUGGAUAUUAAUGAAAAUGAGAACGAUAAAGCUCCUGAUACCCCCACUUCUGAAAAUGAGGAUGAGAAAGUUCCUGAUACACCCGCUUCUGUGGAGAAUCUGCAUCAUCUACACAAGAAAUUGCUACUACUUGAGAGGAAAGAAUCUGGAACAGAAGACUCAUUGGAUGGAAGUGUCAUAAGUGACAUUGAUUGUGGUGAGCUAACAGCUGAGAAAUUGAAAUCAGCAUUGAAAGCUGAAAGGAAGGCUUUAAAUACCCUCUAUGCAGAGCUAGAAGAAGAGAGGAGUGCAUCUGCCGUAGCAGCCAAUCAGACAAUGGCAAUGAUAAAUAGGCUUCAGGAAGAGAAAGCAGCAAUGCAGAUGGAAGCUUUGCAGUACCAAAGGAUGAUGGAAGAACAAUCUGAGUAUGAUCAAGAGGCCUUGCAGCUUCUGAAUGAGAUUAUGGUGAAGAGGGAGAAAGAGAAUCAAGAGCUAGAAAAGGAGCUUGAAGCAUAUCGGUGGAAGGUUCAAGAGUAUGAAACUAGAGAGAAAACUUUGAUGUCAAGAAGGGAUUGCACAAUAAGAAGCAGGACUUCGUCUCCUUCUUGUAGCAAUGCUGAAGACAGUGAUGGACUAUCUAUUGAUCUUAAUCACGAAGCAAAGGAAGAAAAUGGCUUCUACAGCCAUCAAGAAAGCAGCAGCAACGAAAACACCCCAGUGGAUGGUGUUCUAUAUUUGGAAGAAUCAUUGUCGAACUUUGAGGAAGAGAGGGUAUCAAUUCUGGAGCAGCUGAAAGUACUGGAAGAAAAGCUGGUUAAGUUGAAUUACGAAGAACAACAUGCUUUUGAUAAUAUUAAAUCAACAGAACAUCUUUGUGUCGAGAAUGGGAAUGGAUUCCAUGAUUAUGAGGAUGAUAGAGGUCAGGUAAAUGGAUUUGCUAAUGGUCAUGCGAAGGAAAUCAAUGGGAAGCAUCAUCUAGGGAAGAAUAUCAUGGGUCCAAAAGCCAAGAGACUUCUUCCACUUUUUGAUGCUAUUGUUGAUUCAGAAGCAGAAGAUGGGGUGUUUAAUGGUGAUGAAAACGGGUUGCAUUUUGAUUCCCUGCAAAAUGGUUCAGAAGAAAAUGUUGAAUUGGAGAAGGAGAAGCUUGUUAUAGUAGAAGAGAUCGAUAACCUUUACGAGAGACUACAAGCACUUGAAGCAGACAGAGAGUUUCUUAAGCACUGUAUUAGCUCCUUGAGAAAAGGGGACAAAGGCCUAGACCUUCUCCAAGAAAUUUUACAACAUCUACGUGAUCUGAGAAGUGUCGAACUCAGAGUGAGGAAUAUUAGCGAUCUUGCUUCAUAAGAGUUUGUUGCCAGCUUAGCCAAGAGACUAAAAAAAGAGUUGCCACAUUGGAGAUGAUCCGCAAGCUGCAAAUCAAGCAUGCAUUAUACAGAACACCAAAGCAUCAGUUCACUUUUAAAAAAAUGCAAGAGGGAGUUCCCUGAUGGAGAAGGGAGAAUCCUGGUAUGGUCUGUUUGAUAUCAUGGUGGACAACAAAAUGAAGCCUGCCAUUUUCUGUUCUAUUUUUAAUCCUCGUUUUAUUGUCCAUGUAAACCCAAAUUUUUAUGGGUUGCGUCAGAAAACUUAUAUAGUCUCAACCUGCUAAAGAUAAGUAAACUGAGUAAAUUAUGAACAAAAUAUGUAAGCAUGUCAAGUUCUUCAUUUUUUAGUGAAAAUCAAGCUAACCUGGGCAUGCUUAUAUAUUUAUUUAUAAUUUCACUUGGUAUACUUACUUUUGGUAGGUAGGGUCUAGUUAAGAGAUUGAGAAUCUCUCUGGUUGUGUCCAUCAUCACCUUCUAAGGGAAAGAAGGAUGAUGAGUGUAUGUGUGUGAAGGCUGAUGAGGAAAAGCCACCCUGUCAAAUUGUAUUUUGUGAGUAAAGGCCUGGCUUGCAAAGCUGGAGAGAUCCAACAGAAGGUUGCUGUGCCAGGUAAAUAGGGCAUUAGUUUAUUAGACAGACAGAAUUAGGACCCACUAGUUUUGUCAUUUUUUAAAUCUUUUUUUGGGAGCAAGGAAAAAGGAGAGGUAAGGAGCCUCUUUCUUGUCCCUUUGUCUCAUCUUUUGCAUUAUUGCAUCCUAUGAGAGUUUGUUUUAUUUCUGGGAGGGAAAAUUGAGCUGAUCAGUCACUUGUACACUACAUGUAUUCAUUUUUGUAAUUAUAUAAGAAGUGAGUGUUUGUUUAUGUUA